AUGGAAAAAAAUCAACCAAAGAAGCUCUAAAAGCUGAUGAUCAGACCAAUUACUAAGUCAAGAGUAGAAAUCUGGCUAUAUGAAAAUGCUGAACUAAGAAUCGAAGGAAAAAUCAUUGGAUUUGAUGAGUACAUGAACACUGUACUUGAUGAGGCUGAGGAGGUUUAUCAAAAGAAGGGCACAAGAAGAAAGCUUGGAAGAAUUAUUAUCAAGGGAGACAAUAUUUCGCUAAUCUGCAAUAUAAGUGACUGA